AGGAGGAGGAGGGGGGAGGAGGAGGUUACCCUCUCUAAAUCGUUAAGCUAACAGGCUAACACGCGGCCAGGGAAAGGUUUGUGAGUCUGGUCCUUCAGCCUUCAGCUGAUCACAACAGCCCCUUCAAUCGAGCUCCACGCAGGCCGGCACAGACGCUGCCCUCCGUCACACGCCCCCGGCGCGGAUGGGAAAUAGCUAGCCGGUGGAGCCGAAGAGGUAACCAGCCAGCAGUCCUGUUAAACAUGGAGGAUGAGGAGGUUGCAGAGAGCUGGGAAGAGGCAGCGGACAGCGGGGAAAUAGAGAGAAGGCUUGAGGCUAAGCUGAAAAUAACUAAAGAGGCAAAAAAGUCCACCUUGAGUUCAGGGGGUUCACCUGUGCAAACUGCUAUGGUAAUCCAGGAUGAGUCUUUGCCUGCGGCACCGCCACCACAAAUUAGAAUUCUAAAGCGUCCUUCAAAUAACGGUACCACAGGAAACCCUGCGUCCUCGACUCGUCCCUCUCAGCAGAUGAAGUCUUUGGCCCAGAGGGAGGCAGAGUAUGCAGAAGCCAGGAGGAGGAUUUUGGGCAGUGCUUCUUCAGAUGAAACACCUCAGGACAAUCUCUGCCAGGACAGGCCCACUCGCAUGAGUGUGCAGCAACCAUCAGAGCCAGUUCGUCCAAACAAUCAUGUGAUCCGCCAGCCCACCGGCCCCGACGGCACCUCAGGCUUUCGACUCUGCAGAUAAACUGGUGUUGCCCGCUGCAAGGAAACAGCUGUCUCCCCGUAAGGCCAUGAAGGGUGGCAGUUAAAGGGGUUUUGUGUGGUAUGAAGAGCAGAGUGGUGGGAUGACACACAGUUUGACAGACAUGAGAAAUAUGAAGACGUAGCAUGGAUCGCGACGAACUUCUCCACCCUCUCUCUACUCUGCUUACUGGUGUGGUCUUUGCCUUGCGCCUUGUCUUUUCCUUCUGUGGAACGUUACAAGGGGCUGGCAGAGAUCAGCCAAAGAUCUGAAACUCCUUCUGUUCCACACUGUGAACAGGUUUUUGCCUCACAUCCCUACACACUGUGAUACUUUGAUGUACCAUGAGGUGCCCUAUGAUUUUAAGUCUGAUUGGCCAGCCCAGCACCAGAGCAUCAGGUGUCUGUCUCUUCAGGGAGAACAAGGAGAGCUUGUGAAUCUGUGGGAAUUCCCCAGAGACAUGCAAACGAACGAGCUGGCCUUUCCACUGAUGGACCGUGGAUCAUGGCUGAGUGUCCACCGGGGAGCUGGCCUCAGUUUGUUGGGUUCAGUGGAAAUGAAGUGCUUUACUGUGCCGAGAAUUUACUGUGUAUUCAGCAGCUUGAGUGUGAGGUGAUGGAAAGUCGUCCUAAUUUCAGCCCUUUGAGGAAAAAGUGCCCUGUGCUCAAAAGUGCGUUUUAAUACUGUAGUGGCCCAGACCAGCACUUUCCACAGUCCACAGGCCUCUGUUUGGCACUGGUGGCUAUUGAAGAAAUGCCCGGUGGGCACACAGCCUGUGGCCAAAGAUUAUAGAUCAGAAGGACAGAGUGUCACUAAAUCUAAGCUUAUACAAGCAAUAAUAAUGAUGAAAUUGUUCCCUGGAUUUUUUUUUUUUUAACAUAUUGACUAAUUACCUGUGCUGUGUUUUGUUUUAAAGAGUUUACAUUGUUUUCAUGUUUGUGUGUUUUUUUUUUCUUUCUUUUUUUCUGAGACAUAGUAUGUUUAAAUCCGGAGAUUAGUAGUGCAUAACAGAAUAAAUGAUGUAGCCUGCAAAGGAAACGUUACCGGUAGUGUCAGACCUAUCCAUGACUUAAACAACUGAAGUGAUCAUUCAUCAGUAUAACUGUUUGUGUUGUCCCACUGCUUCUAAUCGGCAUAGCUAAAUUGGAACUUCUCUUACAGCCAUCUGAGAUUCAUCUGUCUGGCAACGAGGACUUUGGUCUGUUUUUGCAUCUGUUAUUAAAAUUGUGUUUUUUAUUUGUUCAGAAACAACUGUUUCAUGCCCAGCAUGACACAAUCACAUGCAAAUGUCCUGUCGGGGUCAGGGAAAUAUGUGAUUUAAACUACAAAAAUAAUACAGGAAAUCUCACCUUUCUAAACCAUUGUCCUUGAGAAUGAAUCCAGAUUCCACUGCCUGGUUUUGAUGAAUGUCUUCUUUUGUGCAUUUUGUUUUUGUUUUUUUUUGACACACCAAGGUUUUAAAACAUAGUCCGCUUGUUUGCAACCAACUGAAAAUAAAAGUUCGCAAACUGUGAAAUCAA